CCGGGAAGUUGCAAAACGCGUUGGGAAUUUUAUUGGCUCAUCUUGGUGAUAGAUGAGUAUAAUUUUGGGGCUGCUGGGAAACCUUUUAUUUAUUUAUGAGUAUUAGGUUAGUUAUGGAUAUUGAGAGACCUCUGUAGUGUAGGUUAAACUUAAAAAAGCAUGGAGGGAUUGGAUUUGGGUGAAAUUCCUAAUUUUUGUAUUGGAUGGUAAGUUAAAACUAAUGGAGCGAUUGUAUGGAUCUUGGCUUAGAGUUUCGUGGAUCGAACUGCAAAUUGAAAACGGAAAUAAAUAGUUAGUCGGAGGCCGGGCACUGGUUUUUCACGUAAGGAAAAUAUGAGUCAGACUCAGUGGCGGCGACACCAGAUUCUGAGAGAGCCACAAAGAAGUCAUAACAUAAACGCCGCAGAAGGCUAGAGGAUGAGGAGGAAAGCUACCAUAUGUAAAACAUGGAGGUCGAACCAAAAAAUAAAGCAGUGGCGGGUUGAGAGGACUCGACAUGCCCAGACUUGUACGGUAGCCGGAGCUGGAGUAUCAGUGGUUGGGAAGCACUUUUUCUCUCUUUGUGCUUUUAAUUUAGGUUUAUAUUGUUCCAAAAGGUGGAAUCUCCCACCCCAGGAGCCCCCAUCCCGACCCGACAGGACGGGUAAUUUAGGUUUAUAUAAUUCAUACUUUUCUAUUGUUCAAGUUAAUUUGUUUUGUGAAACUUGGGGGGUGUGUUGGAGUAUCAUUUUAGUCUUGUUUAAGUUUUAUUAAGCUAAUCAAAAGCUAGCAUUAAGACUU